UGGAAGUUCAAAAUGAGAAUAGUGGAGAAUUAUCAUUGAAAUUAUUUAUGUUAUGCUAUGGGGCCAUUCAAAAGUGAAAAGAAGAUAACCGUUAGAGUUCAGUACAGUGUCCUGCAGGGAGUGAGCAUCAUUUUGAAAAACUCAUCAUCUGUUUCCAUUCCACACUCACCAAACCCUAACAUUAGCAACACUAUGCAAGACUUUUUGGGCUCCCUUCGCCGUUCCUUGGUUUUCCGACACGGUGCUGCUGAUGAUGCACCUUUUUCCGGAAUCGCGGACAAGCUCGGCUCCGUCAUUCGCAAAUCGCGAAUCGCACCUAAACCUCUGCCUCCUCCGAUACGGUGGCGCAAGGGCCAGUUGAUAGGUUCCGGCGCCUUCGGUCGAGUUUACAUGGGAAUGAACCUCGACUCCGGGGAGCUUAUUGCCAUCAAACAGGUUUUAAUCGCGUCUGGUAGCGCUUACAAGGAGAAUACACAGGCUAAUAUUCGGGAGCUCGAAGAAGAAAUCAAGCUUCUCAAGAAUCUUACUCAUCCAAAUAUUGUUAGAUACUUGGGAACUGCUAGAGAGGAGGAUUCCUUAAAUAUUCUGCUGGAGUUUGUACCUGGUGGAUCUAUCUCAUCACUCUUGGGGAAAUUUGGAUCCUUCCCUGAAUCGGUUAUGAAAAUGUAUACAAAACAGCUUUUAUUGGGCCUUGAAUACCUUCACACUAACGGGAUUAUUCACAGGGAUAUUAAGGGUGCCAACAUUUUAGUUGAUAACAAAGGGUGCAUUAAACUCGCAGACUUUGGGGCAUCCAAAAAAGUUGUUGAACUGGCUACCAUCAAUGGUGCAAAGUCAAUGAAGGGUACCCCACAUUGGAUGUCUCCUGAAGUUAUUUUACAGACAGGACAUACAAUCUCCACUGAUAUAUGGAGCGUUGCAUGUACUGUGAUAGAGAUGGCCACAGGAAAGCCUCCAUGGAGUCAACAGUAUCCCCUGGAGGUUUCAGCUCUUUUCUAUAUUGGGUCAACUAAAUCUCAUCCACCCAUACCUGAACAUCUAUCUGCCGAGGCAAAGGAUUUUUUGCUGAAAUGCUUCCAUAAGGAACCAAAUUUAAGACCUUCUGCAUCAGAAUUGUUACAGCAUCCAUUCAUCACGUGCGACUAUCAUGGAUCUCAUUCAAUAUUACGUAGUUCUAUCAGGGACUCUAGCCAUAAGAUGGCAACAUAUGGGAUGAACUGUAGAAACUUUUUAGAUUCUGUCCAGGGAUCAACUUGCACAGGCUUAAAGGAUGUUUGUCGAAUAGAUAGCAUAAGGGUCUCAACGGUAUAUCAUAAACCAGGUUCCUACCAGAGAGCAGACAACGAUGACGAUGACAUGUGUCGAAUGGAUGAUGAUGAUUUUUUGAUUGAUUCAUCAGUAAAAUCUGAAUCUCUAUUGGCUUCUGAUGUUAUGAAGAGUUGCAAUCCUAUGUGCAAACCAGUGGAUGACCAGCCCUGCAAUUUCGAUGAAACUCAAUAUUUGGGGAAAAGCAGACCAAACUUGUCCCAAGAUCAAACUAUUAAUAAAACUAUCAGAACUUUCAAAGCAUCUCUGAGGGUAGAAAAUGAAUUCUCAUUUUCAAGUGAGCCUCCAGGAACUGAAGAUGACGAUGAAGUUACCGAGUCUAAAAUUAGAGCCUUCCUAGAUGCUAAGGCCCUUGAACUGAAGAAGCUCCAAACACCUCUUUAUGAAGAAUUCUUUAGCAUAUCAAAUGCAACCAUUGCUCCUGCUCCCAUUGCAGUUGCACAGAGUAAUGUUAUUUCGGAAUUCUCAAAUGUAACAUCAAGAGGCAGGUCUCCUGGUUUGGCUUGGAGACGAUUCUCAAUGGUUGGCAGUGUUAAUCUUGCAAGCUCUGGGAGUCAUAGCAAAUAUCGAUCAAAGCUUAGUGGUGCUCACUGUCGACCUUUGCAGGAAAUUCAGCCAUCUGAGCCAAAUGAAUCAAAGGAGGCUCUUCAUGAUGAUGGGCUGGAAUCAUUUAGUGUAAGCUCAAGAUUCUCUGAGAGGCAAAGGAAAUGGAAAGAAGAAUUGGUUGAAGAGCUUGAGAGGAAGAGAGGUGGAAGUUUGGAACUGAUUACCUUGUGGGUUUAUUGUUCUCCUAGAUGCGCAUUGCACCGUUUGGUGGUGCUCACCUGCUGAAGCCUUCCAACUUGUUAAUAGAUGAUGCGUAAGGCUGGAAUUGGAGGGAAGAUUACAUCUCCAAAGGAUCGCAAAUUUUAUGGUGAUUGAUCGAUUAGUAUAAGAUUUCCUAUUCAACGUGACAUUUCCUUUCAGGGAGAAGAAAGUGUUUUUCCUUUGAAGUUGUUAUGUAAUCUUACAACGUCAUCAAAUUAGAUGCUGCAACAAGAGAUGGAAAUAAUUGCUCAGCAGAAAAAUGAUAAAUUAGCAGUAUAUUGAUUUCCUUCUCUUUGAAUAUUUUGUCAAUUGAAUGUAAUAUAGCGGGAUAUGCAUAUAGUGUACUGAGUAAUGUAUAAAAUAUAUCAUUUCUUAAUGAAAAAAAAAAAAAAAAGCAAAGAAAAUUUAAUCCGAGUACUAGAAUUGA